AUGUCUACCGGCAUGGGCCGACACCGAACCAAUUCCGCCAAAAGCAAUUCAGUCCGCUCUACAGACGUCAAACUCACCAAGCCGCCUACCCCGGGACAAGAUGAAUUCGCCUUUGAGCCCUGUGCCGCCACCGGCUCCUUCCUGCUGUACGCCCAACGCAAUGAGAUUCUAUGCCUCCACCACGACACAUUGGCCAUUGAACGACGCUUCACCAGACACCGCGAAGAUGUUUCCUGGAUCUCCGUCGACACCACGAGCGAAAGGGGAGCCGGCCGUCUGGUAGUCUCGUAUGAUGCAGGAUCGACUGCCAUUGUCUGGGACUUGCUCACCGGCGAUGAGGUCGCUCGCUUUGCCUCGUAUGAGCAGAUCAGAGUGGCCGCCUGGAUGCGCAAUGGCAAUGUGGCUUUUGGAAAUGCACAAGGCAACGUCAUUCUGUUUGAGCCUUCGACUUCCGAGCACCUCUCUGCUCGCACCAUUUUUGAUCCCAUUACCGCCUUGGCCCCCGCGACGGACUGCAGGACCUUCGCGAUUGGGUACCUCAACGGCUCCAUCUUGAUUGCCACCCUCCAGCCAUCCUUUACCAUCCUGCACACGCUCACGACACCGAGAGCCCCCUCCCCCCUCGCCGGACUAGCCUGGCAUGGCUCCUCGUCCAAGCAAAAGUCGGAGAUGCUAGCCGCCCAAACGGCAGAUGGAGACCUGAGAGUUUGGAGUGUUCCCAAGGCUGCACACGGUGGCGAUGCGCCGUGUGUGAUUCGUGUCCUGAACCAGAAAGAGCAAAGAGAACCGGGUCCAUGCUGGUUCGCGUGGUCCAAAAAUGGCCGUAUCGUACAAUAUUCCGAAGGGCAAACCUGCGCUUGGGACGUACGCACCAAGAGAGUUUCAUACGAGUCGGUUCCAACAGCGGAUGGCAUAGCUGCCAUUUGCAACUAUGGCCCUACCGCCACCCUUUUCACCAUUGGCCGCAACUCGAGCAUACGACAAUACGACUUGAACCCGAGUAAUGGUCCAGCGACCAUGGUAGCGAGCGCCCAACAUGCUCCUGCAAACACUCCCCCUUCGCCACCAAGCUCGUUGGAUGAGCAAAGGCAGCAGAUGGAAACGCCGCUGACCGCGCUACCCUCGAGAACAGCGCCGCAUUUACCUUCUGAUUCCGAUAUGAGUGACAGCGAGGCAGCGGUAAUGUCGCCUUUGCAAAAGAUUGCCCAAGAGAUGGAUCAAUUAGAAGAAGAGCGACGCGACAGAGUUGGUCCUUUGAGUCCCGUAUCGAGUAGGGGCUCUCAAAGUUCGAGAUCAUCGGGAAGCGGUCGUGCGCCCCGCUAUCGGUACGACAAGCCCUCGUACGGCUCCGUGCGAUCAUCCAAGAGCUCGGGAGGGAGUAGAACGGUCUUCUCAUCAGGCACCUCUUCGUUAGGAGGUACUUCGGCACGUGAAAGCAUCUCCAUUCGGUCACUUUCGUCGGCCACAUCGUCAAGACAUGUUUCACAAGCAGUGCCUUUGCGCAGAGAAGCCACCGGAAGGGUAGAGGAACCACGAAACGAUCAACCCAUGGAUCUCUUUCCCUUCACCAAAGCAAGACUGAGCGAUGUGCCAUUUCGGCCGACGGAUCUUGGGCCAGAAAGAACUCCAGAUGACCUCCGGCUGAACAUGCUCAAGGUCGUGUUCGGUUGGGACAAUGAUAUUGAAGAACUCAUUCGAGACGAACUUGCGCGCCACAAGUCUGGAGCUGCCGCAGCAGUGCUGUUAUCCAAAUGGCUCGGUGAGUCUGGGGCUGACCUACUGACCUCCAUGGUCGGCUCAGAGUCAAUGACAGCCUCCGACUGGAUGCUCUUGGCUUUGUGCAAUGUGGGCCAGAGCACACAGAAAAAGGUGGGCGAGACGUUUGUUCAGCGUCUUCUGGAAAAGGGCGAUGUUCAUCCGGCUGUCGCCAUUCUCCUGGGCCUUGGGGAGCACAAUGAUGCAAUCGAGGUCUAUGUUUCGCGCAAAUACUACAUGGAGGCCAUUCUUCUGACCUGUCUCACCGUCCCUACUGACUGGCAGAGACAAUCGUUCUUGGUCAGAAAGUGGGGAGAGUACUCGGUCACCCACGGCAAAGCUGAAUUGGCUGUCCGUUGCUUCUCCUGCAUGGGCCUCGAGACUACCGAACCAUGGUUCUCACCUCGGGCCCAAGAUGCUGUCUUUUCCGCCCAAAAGCAGGCUCUCCUUGGCUCGCAGCUUAGUCCACCGCUAUCACCACCCAGUAUUGGCAGUAGCAGGGUCGCAGCCAGAAUGGCUUCGCUCAAGCUGGUAACCGAUUUUACGCGAGGACCCCAGCCCAGGCAAAUCAUGCGUGACGAUGAAGAGAAAACACCCAUGAAUGCUGGCGUCACUCCCAUUGCAGAGUCGGCCAUUAGUCCGGCUGUUGGCAGCCGCGCCUGGCUCGGGCAGCGAGGCCCUCGAGACGCCUCAAGAGAGCCGUCUUCUGCAAGGACUGCCACACCUGGUGCCUACACUCGGAAACGAUAUCCCUCUCAAUCUGAUACUGGCCGAUCGACAACAAACAAUCAAGCCUUGGCUUCGCUGGCCAUCCCCGACCGUGGACAACGUGGCGAAUCGCAUCCACGUACAGCCAUUGAUGAUGUUGGUCGUGAGGCCGAGACCCUUCCCUUCUCCACACGUCGAGCCACAAGUGGAUCCAAAGACAUUGUCUUGUCCGCCACAACGUUCAAUCCUAAUCAGUCGGAAGGGCAUCUGCCUUCCCCUGCCGUCGGCGUUUUCGAGAACCUACAGGAGAAACGAAGUCUAUCGCGCACCAGUUCUCGAAGUCGCAAUCGUCAGGAGCUCCAUUUGAACGUCCAAGACACAGUGGUGGACCAUGGAUUGGGGAGUGCGUACAGUAAUAAAUUAACUCCGCCGUUGACAGGGCAAAGCAUCAAGAGUGCAAAGGCACGCAGCAUCGACCAGUACAUUAGCAGUCUUGACGAGGCCAACCAUUAUUCACAAAAUCGGACCAGCUCACGGAACGAAGAGAGACCAGCCUCACGCACAGCACGUACCCGUAGUCGCACUCGCGAGGAAUCUCAAGGCCGGGGACGCUCUGGUAUCCGGUACAUUCGCCCCGCAAAGCGAUCCCCGUCGUCCCCGGUCCCCAUGUCUCCAGAAGACGCCGGCCUCUACUCUAACAAUAAUAAAGAGACUGGAACCAACACGGAGCCGUUUGACGAUGAGAGGUUCUAUAAGAUGAGCGUUGUGUCACCAGUUGCCACUGAGUCUGUUGCGAGCACUCGCACUACGCGUAGCAGAGCCCGCCACGGCGUCAGCAAGACAAGAUCUUCAUCCAAGGCACCUCGCCGUACAGAGUCUCCAGAUGGCACUGCAAGAGCUCGCAGCAAGGGUGCCAGUCGCGCCUCCAGUCGUCGUCCAGCGGAUGAUCGUGGGCGCAGUGCUCAGCGUGGCGACAACUCCCCUCGCUCGCCCCAGCCGAUGCACCGUGAUGGAGAUGCUGUUGUCGACCUUGAACCAAUCCGCCAUCGCCAUCGCAGCCGUAGUCGCCGACCAACAGAUAUUACCAUAGCCGCUCGUCGUGAAGCCUCCCCAGACCGCCAAACAGCCCGUGAACGCUCCGCGAGUCGAAGGCCUACUCCAGCCCUGCGAGCUUCCAGCCGGACGCGUGGAAACGCUCGAGACUGGUCGCCCGACUCUGUGACCUCUGGUCGGUCGGGCGCAUCACAUCUGCGCCCAACGACCAUGACGAGACGGGCACUGGCAGCGAAAGAGCUCGAGGACCGAAGACUGUCCCUUGCGAGACGGCCUUCAGCGCCUUUGAUCCCUCAUCCGGGUGAGCUCGCUUUCCGUCCUGUUUCGCACGAACGAUCCAACACCGAAGACAUGCUCAACACACUUACCAUGUACCGGGACCCGAUCCAGCGGAGUCAAACCGCAGAUCCGGAGAUUAGCAAGAGAUAUUCACCCACCAAUCGCUCCAAUAUUGCUGGAACUUCGACGACCUCGGUACCAAUCGGCCUGCCAGCGAACCCACGCGCGAUGCGUCAUCCACGUUACAUGACUGCCGACCCUAAUCCAGAAGAUGAGAUUCCAGCAGUUCCAACCAUACCCGACAAUAUACAGAAUAUGCGAGAACCACAGAAAACACCCGAGGAUGAUAUUGGACCUUUACUUCCAGCUACUACCUUUGGUCAGCCUAUUGCGCCUCCUCGCUCCAUGUCGGCGCCACCACAGGAUCUGUUGCCGUCUUCGAACUUCGGACAAUCGCAGACGUACCCAAGCGUAGGCCGUCCACCCUCUUUGAACAAUGGACGGGGUCAUGUGCGGCAGAAUACGUCACCAGAAGUACUCCCCCAAACCAACUACAAACGCAUCAGUCCUCCACCUUUUACGGCCAGUAUCGACGAGACUAUACAUGAGAGCCAGGUCGUCAUCAUCGAGCAAGAUGACAAUACACCUCCUCUGCUUUCGCAACUGCAGCACCUGGCAACUCCACCCCCUCCACCUCCACCUCCGCUCAACCUUAGCGUCAACACUGCCAUGAACGGUAUGGCCACGAUCAACAUUGCCAUCGAGGGAAGCCCAGAGGAGAAGCCCUUGGAGUCCUCUCCUACUACCAAUACCAAUUCUCCGCACGCGCACCGCCGCGGCAGAGGCAGUGUGAGCGAGAAUCUGGGUAUGACCUUCAAACGCGUCACCGAACGCAUGCGAAGCACGAGUCGUGGCCCCACGCGCGCAAAGUCUCCCCCUGUCACACGCGCAGACCGAUCGCCGUACGAGAGCGUGCCAGAGUUUACCUAUCCCCGCAAUGUCAAUACUCGUUCGCCACCCGCGGAUAGCGGAAAUCCCGAGUCGUACUUUAAUCAGAUGCCGCCGCCUCCGCCUCCUCCACCCCAGCCCAUGGAGCAGGUGAUUCCUCCCUCGGAUACUUUCUACAAGCAUCCAAAGGAAGUGCGUGCCAAUAUGCCCCCAAACUACUUGCAACAGGGUGUGUAUCAGUCUACUGGCGAAACUCCCAUGAUCUAG